AUGAAGGGUGUGAGCAGAUUCGGCAAAGUGAGUAAGCUCAGUCCAAGGUAUGUUGGACCGUUUGAAAUCCUUGAAAGGAUUGGUAAAUCUGCUUAUCGGCUGUUGUUAUCUGAUCAGAUGUCUGAUAUUCAUAAUGUGUUCCACGCAUCUACUUUGAGAAAGUGGAUAUCUGACUCUGAAAAGAAAGUGUCUGCUGAUGAGGUCGAGAUUCAGGAGAAUCUGAGAUACAAAGAAGAACCUGAGUUGAUUUUGGCUUACGGCAUGCGCAAGUUAAGAAAUAAACAGAUUCCUAUGGUUAAAGUACAGUGGAAGCACCGAACAGCACGGGAAGCAACUUGGGAUAAGGAGUCGGAUAUGAGGCAGUCGUAUCCAUAUCUGUUUUGA